AUGUCCAUCAACACGAUGUUCGGCCGGGCUGUGGGGAGCAAUGUGCGAUUGUGUGUUGUGCCUUCGUUGCAAUGCGAACGUUCUGCCAGGAAGGUCAUACUCGCCACCGCGAGGAGGAAAUAUUCAGACUAUACCGUCGCCCCAAGGGAGGCUGUCGUCGUUCCUGCGUCUGGACUAGAACGAUUGCCGACGGUCAACAUCCUCAGAAACCUCCUCCUGGGGAGCCUUUUCACAUCGCCACUUCUCUUUCGAGUGGGCAUGACCGUCCUCUCAGGCAUCGCCAACUCAAGAUCAGCACUUCUCAACCCGGACGCAAAUCCAAUCUUGAGGGCAUUGGUCAAACCCCUUGUAUAUGACCAAUUUUGUGCUGGAACGAAUCAACAUGAAAUUUACAAGACACGAGACACGAUCAAGCGCAUGGGAUUCUCUGGUAUCAUUCUUUGUUAUGGCAAGGAGAUUCAGGUUUCUAGUUCAGGGGGCUUGCAUUCAACGGGAAGGGGAGAUUCUAAUCAAUCUCUGGAAAUUAAUAUGUGGAGGGAUGGCAAUUUGAAGACUUUGGAUAUGGUUGGCGAGGGCGAUUGGCUUGGAAUGAAAUUGACCGGUGCUGGACCCGGCGUCACUAACGCCUUAAUGAAGAACGAAGACCCACCCGAAGAAUUCACCGCGGCAAUGAACGCAAUCUGCGACAAAGCACUCGAGAAGAACUGCAGAAUCUGGGUCGACGCCGAACAACAAGUCCUCCAAACCGCCAUCGACCGCUGGACGAUCGAUGUCAUGCGGCGAUACAACAAUAACGGCAAGGCUCUCGUCUAUAACACCAUCCAAGCCUACCUCAAAGCCUCGCGGACGAAGCUGAAGGAUCAACUCGCUAUUGCCGAACGAGAAGGCUGGACGCUCGCCGUGAAACUCGUUCGUGGCGCUUACAUCGCCAACGACCAAAGAAACCUCAUCCACGAUACCAAGCAGGAUACCGAUAACUCCUACAACGGCAUCGUCCGCGACCUACUCUCCGGCACAAACCUCGGCUUCUCUCCCGAGAACUUCCCCAGAGUCCAACUCUUCCUCGCAGGCCACAACCCCGAAAGCGUGGCCCGCGCCUGGGAUCUUGUGCAAUCCCUCUCCAACCAGAACAAGCUCAAAGUCCUCCCUGACUUCGGCCAACUCCAGGGCAUGGCCGACGAGUUAGGCUGUAAAGUCGUGAAACGCUGUGAGGAUCUCGAGGGGCAGAAGAGCGAGAAGGCGAACGUUGUCAUUCCUAAAGCGUACAAGUGUUUGACCUGGGGCAGUAUUCAGGAGUGUAUGCAGUACUUGCUGAGGAGGAUCAUUGAGAAUCGGGGUGGAGCGGAUCGUAUGAAGGAUGGGAUGGCGGCGAAUUGGGCGGAGUUGAAAAGGAGGGUUACUGGGGGGAGGGCGUUGAGUAGAUGA